AUAAAAAAACAAUACGACCUACCAAUCGACUCUUGUAACUAAUGUUUUCCGUUCCAGCGACGGAUAGCAAGCCCUGGAAAACAUUGCCAACUGAGGUGUGAAAACCCUUUCCCCUUUUCAAAUUUUCUGCAUUUAUACUAACUACAACUCAAGGAAGCACAAUGGUUCUAGCUUGGAUUUUAGAGGAAAGUGAAAAUCGACAUUCUCCAAAUAAAAAAUCACCAAAUGUGGAGGUUUCUGAGGAAGAACUUUUACAACUGGGUGUUUUUUUUGACAAAUUAAAUCCUGACGAGUAUGCUGAAGGAGAGCGUUAUUUGGAAGAUUCUAAACUCAAACGGUACACCACCGAACAAGAGUAUGCUUCACAUGAUAUUCUCGAAAUAACAAAAGAAAAACUUUUUAACUACGAUAAAAAGUUAAAAUGCUUUUAUACAGAGCAUUUUCAUAAGGAUGAUGAAAUUCGCUAUGUGGUUGAAGGUAGUGGCUAUUUUGAUUUCCGAAAUGAAAAGGAUGAAUGGGUCCGUGUUUUCAUUGAAAAAGGCGAUUUGAUUGGAAUCCCUGCAGGAAUAUACCAUCGUUUUACAUUGGAUGAGUCUGAUUACAUAAAAGAGGUGCGCUUGUUCGUUGGUGAUCCAAUUUGGUUGGCUGUGAACAGACCCGCCGACGAUCAUUUUACAAGAAAAAAAUACGUAAAGAAAUAUUAUUUAGGUCAAUGAAAGACUAGUACAUAAAAAAAGAUUUCUCUCUUUAAGGAUGCUAUACAACACUCUUUUGAACCAUAGUGUAUGUGUUGGAAAAUGCUUCAAAACUUUGUAUAUAAAAUUUAAUCAUAAAAACCCAUACACUGUAGACAGUCGACAAUGAUAUUGGUGGUAAAGAGGAGAAAACUUGCCCGUGUGUUUUAAAGUGAGUGAUGUCAUUAACAAAUGUGUAAUCAUGCUUGUAUGUUUAACAAACGGUUUUGAUGAAAAAUUGUGUGGAACUACUUCUAAUAUAUUAUAGGUUUACUAAGCCCUUUCUUCGGCUACGUUUAAAACUUACGUAUUUGUUACAUUUACAUUAGCCUGAAACUCGUUUUUUAAGAAACAACUUUUGGCAUCAACUUAUAUAACUUUAUUUCGUACUUUUGAAAAUGUUUAAAAAUUUAUAAAUCCUACAUCUCUCUGUAGUUAUGCUCAAAAAACUUUUCACCGCAUGCAUUGUCAGUUUAAAUCAAUAAAUACAAUCAAUAAACUACAAAUAGUCUUAUUCUAAAUCAUGUCACAUAGAAAUAUAUAUGUUUAAAAAACAGCUUUGGUGUAAGGAUUAUUUUUUGUUUUCUUUUUAAUGAUCUUGGGUGUUUUUUGGUGAAAAUUUUUAUCAUAGUUGUGUAUGUAUUCUGCAAAAUUUAAUUUUGAAAC